AGUCCUGAGUCAUAAUGGCCACGGUGGUGGAAACUCCUGCAAGCACUUUAAAUCAUGUCGUUCGUACGAUGUUCUAUCUGGUCACCCCAAAUGAAACAUCCUUCCAGCAUAUUGACGAAGUCCCCGACUACGUCGAUAAGGCCACACCUGUUUUCCUGGGAAUGCUGAUACUGGAGUUGGUGUUGGGCUGGGCAAAGACUGGAAGCCUCAUCAUUAGAAUCAAUGAUGGAGUCACCUCUGUGUCAGCUGGCUUUCUGUCCAGAAUACCGUUGCUUUUUGUGAGGAGUCUGGAGUUAUCUAGUUAUAUCUACAUCUGGAACAACUACCGGUUGCUGGAGCUCCCCUGGGAUUCACCAUGGACCUGGUGGCUGGUCUUCCUGGGUGUGGACCUGGCAUACUACUGGCUCCACCGUUUCUCUCAUGAGUUGAACGUCCUGUGGGCGGCCCACCAGGCCCACCACAGCUCCGAGGACUAUAACCUCUCCACAGCUCUCAGGCAGUCUCUGACACAGCAGCUGGCAUCAUGGGUUUUACACCUGCCCAUGGCCUUGGCUGUACCUCCCACUGUGUUUGCUGUCCACAUACAAUUCAACCUUCUGUACCAGUUUUGGAUUCACACAGAGGUCAUUAGACACCUUGGCCCAUUGGAGUGGGUAAUGAACACACCCAGUCACCACAGAGUUCAUCAUGGACGAAACCCUUACUGUAUUGACAAGAAUUAUGGAGGAACCCUAAUUAUUUGGGACAGAAUCUUUGGUACUUUUGCUCCCGAGGGUGAUAAAGUUGUGUAUGGCCUCACAAAGCCAAUAAAUUCAUUUGACAUCAUCUAUGUCCAGUUCCACUACUACCCUUACAUCUGGCGGAGAUUCUGGAGAGCCACCGGAAUCAAACAUAAACUGAGUGUCAUCUUUAAGGGACCCAGUUGGAGACCAAACAAACCAAGACUUGGGGAUCGUACACAAUUACCUAAGGUUACUGGCAAGGAAGUGCCAUACAACCCAACUUGGCCACUUGUUCUGCAAGCGUAUGUGCUCCUCCAGUUCCUCCUGUUGCUGGCUGUUUACACUGAUGUUAUGGCGAUGAAGUUGAUACUCUCCCAACAGACCCUGCUUUUGUUGGCUGGCUACAUCAUACUAACAUUGACCUCCCUAGGCCUACUCAUUGAACAGAGGCCAAAGGCAGCUGUGCUGGAGAUGUUCCGGUGUGCCUUGUUCCUGGCACUUUGCAGAUUUGGUUUUGUAAAGCCGGCUGUACCAUCCAUGGUCAUUGAGGUCUUCCUCUGUCUCUCUGUGCUAUACUGGGCCCAGCAGACAUUGGGCAAACUGGCCAAUGGGAAGAGCAAACAACACUGAAAACACAUUGAAAGAAGACUAAAGCUGACUCUCUGCCAUCUGUCACAACAUGGAUUUAAUCUGUUUAACUGAUUACAAAAAUAGAAAAUUAGUGUGCACUAAAGUGCAACUGCAUUUAUCUUGAAUUAAUAUUUGAGCCUCAGCUCGCAUGGAUGACAUACAGUAAUUCAUGAUCA